AUGAUGAAGAGUGACUUCCUCACAUCCACAGCUCAGCUCCAUCCUUCAAUAUUUCUCCCCAAAUUACCCUCGAGAAAGUCGAGAAUAACGAUAAGUUGCUCUUCUUUGCCCGGAGUCCGACCCGACCCGUGGUCACUCAGCGACGGGAACCCGGAGAGACCGAAGCCGAGAUUCGAGAGGCCGAAGCACCCGUUAUCGGACGACGACGCGAGGCGGAUCAUAAAGAAGAAGGCGCAGUACCUGAGCACGCUGAGGAGGAACCAAGGCUCACACGCCAUGACCCCCAAGUGGAUUAAGCGGACCCCUGAGCAGAUGGUUCAGUAUCUGGAGGACGAUCGGAACGGUAAGAUGUACGGGAAGCAUGUCGUCGCUGCGAUUAAGACGGUGAGAGGUUUGUCUCAGAAGAGAGAAGGCGGUGCCGAUAUGAGACUCGUGAUGGGAAGCUUCGUCGCGAAGCUGAGUUUCAGAGACAUGUGCGUCGUUUUGAAAGAGCAGAGAGGUUGGAGGCAAGUCAGAGACUUCUUCUCCUGGAUGAAAUUGCAGUUAAGCUACCGUCCAAGUGUUGUCGUCUACACGAUUGUUCUUCGUAUAUAUGGACAAGUAGGGAAGAUAAAGCUAGCUGAAGAAACCUUUUUGGAGAUGCUUGAAGUUGGAUGUGAGCCAGAUGCAGUAGCCUGUGGUACAAUGUUGUGCACAUACGCGAGAUGGGGACGGCACAGCGCUAUGUUGACGUUCUACAAAGCUGUUCAAGAAAGACGAUUAGUGCUCUCUACUUCUGUGUACAACUUCAUGCUCUCGUCUCUUCAGAAGAAGUCACUUCAUGAGAAAGUGAUUGAUCUUUGGUUAGAGAUGGUGGAGGAAGGUGUGCCACCGACUGAGUUCACGUAUACGUUAGUUGUGAGCUCGUACGCCAAACAGGGCUUCAACGAGGAUGCGUUGCAGGUUUUUGGUGAGAUGAAGAGCUUAGGUUUUGUGCCAGAGGAAGUAACGUACAGUUUGGUUAUUGGAUUGAGUGUGAAGGCUGGUGAUUGGGAUCAGGCUGUUGGAUUGUAUGAGGAUAUGAGAUCUCAUGGGAUAACUCCGAGUAACUAUACUUGUGCGUCUAUGUUGAGUUUGUAUUACAAGACUGAGAAUUAUCCGAAAGCGCUUGCUCUCUUUGCAGACAUGGAAAGAUUUAGAAUUCCAGCUGAUGAGGUCAUCCGCGGAUUGAUCAUCCGAAUAUAUGGGAAGCUUGGACUUUUCCAUGAUGCACAGACGAUAUUUGAAGAGACGAAACGUCUGCAUAUACUGUCUGAUGAGAAAACGUAUUUGGCAAUGUCUCAAGUUCAUUUGAAUUCGGGGAAUGUUGCCAAGGCAUUAGAUGUGAUUGAAAUGAUGAAGAACAGAGAUAUUCCGCUUUCGAGAUUUGCAUAUAUUGUUAUGUUACAGUGUUAUGCUAGGAUACAGAACGUGGAGUCUGCUGAGGAUGCAUUUCGAGGUUUAUUGAAGAGCGGACUUCCUGAUGCCAGUUCUUGUAACGACAUGCUCAGUUUGUAUGCCAGGCUCAAUUUAGGAGAGAAAGCUAAGGUUUUUAUCAAGCAGAUGAUAGCUGAUCGAGUGCAGUUUGAUAUAGAGCUUUACAAGACGGCUAUGAGAGUGUAUUGCAAGGAGGGAAUGGUGGCAGAAGCUCAAGAGCUGGUAGAGAAAAUGGGUAGAGAGGCUGUGGUUAAGGACAACAGAUUUGUACAAACACUUGCAGAGGCUAUGUAUAUCGAAAGACACAAGCAAGAUAAACACGAAGCACUUGUAAACGUUACUCGACCUGAUGUCACGGCUCUUGGAAUGGUGCUCAACUUGCGACUAAAAGAGGGAAAUUUGAAUGAGACUAAAGCAAUUCUGAGUUUAAUGUUCAAGACUGAUCUUGGUUCAGCGGCAGUAAAUCGAGUCAUAAGCAGCUUUGUGAGAGAAGGUGAUAUAACUAAAGCAGAAAUCCUUGCUGAUUUGAUCAUCGGACUAGGACUCUGCAUAGAGGAGGAAACAAUCGCGAGUUUGAUUGCUGUAUAUGGGAGGCAACAUAAGCUAAAAGAGGCGAAAAGGCUUUACCUUGCAGCAGGAGAAUCUAAAACUUUGGGGAAAUCUGUUAUCAACUCAAUGAUUGAUGCUUAUGUCAGAUGUGGCUGGCUUGAAGCUGCGCAUGGGCUCUUCAUGGAGUCAUCAGAAAAGGGCCUUGACCCGAGUGCUGUUACCAUCAGCAUACUUGUGAAUGCACUAACAAAUCGAGGGAAACACCGAGAAGCAGAAGAUAUAUCACAGACCUGCCUUGAAAAAAACAUGGAGCUUGACACUGUGGGCUAUAAUACUCUUAUCAAGGCAAUGCUAGAAGCAGAUAAACUGCAGCGUGCAUCUGAAGUUUAUGAGCGGAUGCGUAACUCAGGCGUUCCUUGUUCGAUUCAGACUUACAACACAAUGAUCAGUGUAUACGGAAGGGGUAUGCAGCUGGACAAAGCAAUCGAUAUCUUUGGCAAUGCUCGCAGUUCGGGAUUGUAUCUAGACGAGAAAAUAUACACAAAUAUGAUUAUGCAUUAUGGCAAGGCCGGAAAGAUGAGUGCAGCGUUGGCGUUGUUCAGUGAAAUGCAGAGGAAAGGGAUCAAACCUGGAACGACUAGUUACAACAUGCUGGUGGAAACAUGUGCAACUAGAGGACUCCAUCGUGAGGUUGACAAACUUUUGCAAGCAAUGGAGAGAAAUGGCCAGUUAACAGACUCAUCCACAUACCUCUCCCUGAUUCAAGCCUAUGCCGAGAGUUCACAUUACGCAGAAGCAGAGAAAAUGAUAACUCUCAUGCAAGAGAAAGGCAUUCCGCUAUCUCAAAGCCAUUUCAGUUCGUUGCUCUCUGCUUUUGCCAAAGCUGGAAUGAUGGAUGAUGCCGAAAGGAUCUACUGUAAGAUGUCGGAAGCCGGUAUAAACCCAGACAGUGCUUGCAGAGGCACGAUCCUAAAGGGAUACAUGAACUGCGGUGAAGCAGAGAAGGGAAUAUUGUUCUAUGAGAAAACGAGAAGAAACUCUGUGGAAGAUGACAGAUUUGUUACCAGCGUUGUCAAAGAUCUGUAUAAAGCUGUAGGUAAAGAAGAAUAG